GAGGCGAGUCGCGAGGAUGGAGAAGGACCCGGAUGCUGAUGCGAGCGAUGCGAAGGAAGAGGCGAGAGCGAGAGAAAAAAAAAUAUCGAUUUACGGCAAGAAACCCGAAGGGAGUGUAAUAUAACGAGGCCUAUAAACCCUGCGCCAGCUAUCACCGAGAGCUAAAGAGCGAACCGGGGAAGAUAGUGCGAAAUAGGGGAUACUUGUGCGUGUGUUUUUUUGCACCUGCUUUGAGAAGAUGCUACUGUGAUAUCGGCUGGCUCCUCGCAGGGAUGUAGAGCCGAACGCUGGGCAAAGGGAGGACAGGACAGGACAGAGGAGGCGGGAAGGACUUCGAGACGACGCCGACUACGCUCUCCAUCUAGCCGUCGAGAGAAUGAGGCGUCCGUCGGAGCACUGUUACCAGCUUUUCUCGGUGGCGAACGACUCGAGGCGGUGUGGCUUAUUUUGACAGGACGGCCGCUGGGUCAAGGCGCCGAGGCUAAAGCUACAAGCUAGCCUCGCUGCUGUGUGGGAGAGUGGCGGCGAGGCUACACUUAGCAUGUCGUUGCACCUGUGAUUGGAGGAAGAAAAAAAAAAUAGGCCUGACAGGGAGACAAAUAAAAUAAAAAUUCACACCACAUAUUCGACGCUUUGUUGGCCCGACCGUCAAUGUAAUUUUUUUUAGAACACUUGUCUUUGAAUAGCCGUCAUAUAUCUAUCGUCAAAUGUGUAACAAAAUACUAGUUAUACAAAUAACUUAAUGUUCUGUGCUAGAAUUCACAAAUUUGCCAUGUUUAUUGUUUUUAUUCAGCACUACUGAGCUAGCUCCUAAACAAAAAAAAGGACAAGGAAUCACAAAGUAGUCAAGUUUAAAUGGAGGCUUUGACUGACUUCCCUCCCUAUUUGCUGAGUAUCUUCAGAUGUGAGCGCUGUGUAUGCCACAAUAACAUCUGGAUAAGCUGUAGAAAUUUACAGUAAUUGCAAUACUCACACUACUUGUAGUCUAGUUUCCCUCAAGUAAGAGCAGUAUGAGUAAGGAACUGUCUUUGAGUCAGUCCGCUCAAUAUGUCGGGCCCUAUCGGCUGGAAAAAACCCUGGGAAAGGGGCAGACAGGGCUGGUUAAGCUUGGCAUCCACUGCAUCACUGGUCAGAAGGUCGCCAUCAAAAUUGUCAACAGGGAGAAGUUGUCUGAGUCGGUGUUGAUGAAGGUUGAGAGGGAGAUCGCCAUCCUGAAACUCAUCGAGCAUCCACACGUGUUGAAGCUGCACGAUGUAUACGAGAAUAACAAGUACUUGUACCUGGUCUUGGAACAUGUGUCAGGAGGCGAGCUCUUUGACUACCUGGUUAAGAAAGGCCGUCUGACUCCCAAAGAAGCCAGAAAGUUCUUCAGGCAGAUCAUUUCUGCUUUGGACUUCUGCCACAGUCACUCCAUCUGCCACAGAGACUUGAAGCCUGAGAACCUGCUUCUGGAUGAGAAAAACAACAUCCGUAUCGCUGACUUUGGUAUGGCAUCACUCCAGGUGGGUGACAGCCUGUUAGAGACCAGCUGCGGAUCACCACAUUACGCGUGCCCUGAAGUCAUACGGGGGGAGAAGUAUGAUGGAAGAAGAGCAGAUGUAUGGAGUUGUGGGGUCAUUCUUUUUGCUCUGCUGGUGGGCGCCCUGCCGUUCGACCAUGACAAUUUACGGCAGCUCCUGGAGAAAGUGAAGAGCGGUGUGUUCCACAUGCCACACUUCAUCCCCCCGGACUGCCAGUCCUUGCUCAAGGGCAUGAUUGAGGUCAACCCUGAAAAACGUCUCACGCUGGAGACGAUUCAGAAACACGCCUGGUAUCUGGGUGGCCGUAAUGAGCCUUGUCCUGAGCAGCCUCCUCCCAGAAGAGUGUGUGUGAGGCAAAUCUUACCCCUGACUGAGCUGGACCCAGAUGUGUUGGACAGCAUGCACUCACUGGGCUGUUUCAGAGACCGCGUCAAACUCACGCGUGAUUUGCAAUGUGAAGAAGAAAACCAGGAGAAGAUGAUUUAUUACCUGCUGCUGGACAGAAAAGAGCGCUACCCCAGCUACGAGGAUGAGGACUUGCCUCAACGCAAUGACGCUGAUCCUCCUCGAAAGCGUGUGGACUCACCCAUGCUGACGCGCCACGGUCGCUGCCGUCCAGAAAGAAAGAGUCUGGAGGUGCUAAGUGUCACAGAACAGGGCUCUCCCACGCCUCCUCGCCGGGCUCUGGACGCUGCACACAGCCAGAGGUCUCGCUCAGUGAGUGGAGCUUCCACUGGUCUCUCCUCCAGCCCUCUGAGUAGUCCCAGGUCCUAUCAAAGCCCUAUUUUCACUUUCAGCCAAUCAGACGUCACCUCUGCUGCCGCUAGCCCCCAAACAAAGGAGCCCAAACAGGGAAGCACCACGACACCUCGCUCAGCACGGGCUCUUGACAAGCCCAAAGCUCCCUCCCAUCCAAAGACCCAGACCCUGCCCACCAAGGGACCCGCCGAACGGCUUCACCUCCAGCCCAUCAAAUCCCUGCCACUGCACAACCCAUCUUCGCGCUCACCCUCUCCCUCUCCGCUGCUCUCACCCAUUCCCCGUUUCUUCUUCCCUUCGUCCUCUGUCCUAAAGUCCGUGACUAAGAGCUUGUACCCAAACUCUGCCCACUCUGUGCCGCAGGUGACUCCCCAGGGCUCUCCGUUACCCACGCCUUUGGGCACCCCUGUCCACCACCCUCACCACCCCUCCUCCACCCCGCCCUCCUCCUCUUCGUCCUCAUCCUCCUCACGGGCAGAGGGAGGGGGCGGGGUAGGCUCUCUGUCGCUCACCCCGCCCUCCAGCCCUGGAGGGGGAAGCGGGAUCGCGGCCAGCAGCUCUGCCCAUUGGAGGACUCGCCUCAAUUCUUUUAAGAACAACUUAUUGGGCUCACCACGGUUCCAUCGUCGCAAAUUGCAAGUUCCGACAUCGGAGGACAUGUCCAGUUUAACACCAGAAUCCAGCCCUGAGCUGGCUAAGAAGUCGUGGUUCGGGAACUUCAUUGGUCUGGAGAAAGAGGAGCAGAUCUUUGUGGUGAUCAGAGACAAACCCCUGAGUUCUGUCAAAGCCGACAUCGUCCACGCUUUUCUGUCUAUCCCAUCCCUCAGUCACAGCGUCAUCUCCCAGACAAGCUUCAGGGCCGAAUACAAGUCCUCCGGCGGCCCUUCCGUCUUCCAGAAGCCCGUCAAGUUCCAGGUGGAUAUUGCCUUCUCCGAGGGCGAGAGGGAGCGGGAAAGGGAGAGGACCGAGAGGGAGGGCAGGAGGGAGACGGGAAUCUACAGCGUGACGUUCACCCUCAUAUCAGGUCCGAGUCGCAGGUUCAGACGAGUGGUGGAAACGAUUCAAGCCCAGCUUCUCAGCUCCCAUGAUCAACCCCUGGUGCAAGCCCUAUCUGAUCCCUUCCCAGAUGAGAAGAACGGCCGACCCCACCGGACCCCCACCCGCCAAAAUUCGAGGCGCUCAGAGGGUGGGGGCGACAGGUGCGAGUGGGGCGACCGAGCAGAUGGCGGAGGCAUAGGAGGCAGCGGGGGAGUUCUGCAGCGCAGAGGCUCGGCAAAGGAGAGAACCCGACUGCUGUCUACCAACGGAACCCAAUCGCAACCGUAGGUUAGAACGGGAAAGCGCGCCGCAGGAUGCCUGACCGACAUUCACAGUCUUCGGCUUCAUCUUCAAGCAUACCUGCAAGCCACACGCUCCUCUGAUUCUCCCUCGACUAAGUGAGAGGUGCUUUGAUAUUAGCAAGAAUUGAGCCUUCCCCAUCACGCUUUUGUUUUUAACAAUGGUCUUGAUCCUUGGAUGACCCGGAUUCCAAGUUUCAACCCUUCAAUGAGAACGAUGGAAUCACCCUUUAAAGAAAAUAUAAUAUGUGAAUGAGUAGUUUGGUAUCCCACCGUAGAUACAGCUUCUCAAAAUCAAACUAGGAAUUUUAAAGUGCUAAUUUGCAUGCCAGUUAGCAAAUCAGCCUGCUAAAGGAUGCUGAGAAGACCUGUUAGCUAGUCUACCGUAAGCAUUGUACUGCAGCAUCUGAUACCAAAAAGAAUUGGGUGUGUUGUGACGGCUCUCAAGAUUACACCUAAAAUUAACCAGUUCGUGUUCAUGUCACUGUCAGGUGUCAGUCCAGUACUAGUGCAUACUGAAAGACAUCAUGUAUCAGUGGCAGAUUAAACCUGAAGCAUCAAGCUGAUCAAAAGGUCCUGAUCUUCUCAGGAAGGCAGCGUCCUACCCUGACUCAAAGAAAACCAACAAAGUAAGCUAUGUAAGUGAAUGUGAAAAAAUAUUUUUUUAUUUCGUUCUUAUUUAUUUCCUUUGAGGAUGUGCAGUGAUAGCAGCAAAAACAGCACACACAUCAGUGCUGGAAAGAGGAAGCUGCCUCUUUAUUUCACUUUUUUUUUUUUUUUUUUGCUAUUUUAUUUCUCUUCAGAGACAAGAUGAACUAAUGCAUUUGGACUCCUGUUACUCUGAGGAUUUUUUUUUAAAAUUUCAACAGAAAUAUGAACAUUACUCUAUGGAGAGGGAGGGAAAAAAACAAUAUGUGUGACUGUGUCCAUGAACCUCAUCACAGCUGUUUGUCCCACAUUGAAAGAGAAUGACAUCCCUGGCCUGUAAAGCUUCAGACUGAAGCCUCCUUUUCUUGUCAAGCUUUUCUCAUUACUGUUGCCAGCGCAUUCCGAUAAGACGGACACACAAAUGGAUACGUUCAUGGUUUCACGGCUCACUAUGACACAUUUCUGGUCGACCUGGACUUUGCAAAGCGGAAGUAAGCAAUGCGUCUCUCAUCCUGCCCCUCACACGGUCAUGUAGUAUUUACUCAAAUAGUCUAAUAAAAUAGCUGAUGCUCAUCACCAGUCUUCCAUACAGCACAAUAUGCAACAAAUGUGCAGGAUGUUGUCCAACAGAGUGCUAACGUAUGUUUUUGGUUUACGUAUUUAUUUAAUUAUACAGCCAUUUACUACCUUUAUUUAUUUAAUUUUAUUGCAUCGUAUUUGUUUUCGCAGAUGAACUUUUCCAUCACUUUAGUUUUAGCACUUUUCAAAUGGGAACAACCAUGAUAGCAGUACAGAGUGAUCUUUGUUUAUCUGAUAUUCACUACGCUCAUCGCUGGCAUGUGUGGGAGAUUGGUGGAUGAUGACUCACCAACAAUGAGCUGAUUGAACCUUUAAGAAGCCACACAAAGCCUGUGUGACAGACCUGCAGGUACGCAACCAACCCCUAACAGGCAUGUCAUUUUCCCCCUCACACUUGCCAGUUUGCUCCAUCGUUUGCUUUUUUGCCUCGUCACUUUGACCUGUUUGUCCGUCCUUCACAUGUUGCGUAGUCCUCAUCAGCACACGCCUCACUGUGCACUCACUUUAUGAUUGCUCACUGUUGUCCAAUUCAUCUUUCUCUUCUACACGCCACGUUCACUAUCAUUGACCCAACUCUGGCCAAGAUUGUAAACUAUUCUCCAUCCAUAAGGGUCAGUAAAAUAAGGUGUUUAAAGAAGAAAUGUCUGUACAAUAAUUUAAAUAUAAAAAGUGCACUAUUAUAACUAUUGCCUGUGAUUAAAACAACAAAACAAUUAUGAUUGAAUUGAUGGUCAAAAUAAAGAGAGAUCCACCUUAUUGUUAUGGUUACAAUAAUAAACCCUAAAUGUGUG